ACGAUUUAUAUGAUCAACACAGUGACAAGCCAAGGAAAUGCAAUUCCUCUUCGUCGUCUCUCCUUUCGGAUACUCGUCGGAGUUUGGGUGCUAGCCGCCACUGUCUUGGUCAACAGUUAUUCAAGCAUCGUUACUUCUUACAUGACAGUCCCAAAAAUGAAACCACCCAUCAACACGUUCGAAGAUUUGGUCGCAAGCGAAAACAUCGAACUUAUUCUUCUAGCUGAUACCAUAACCAAGAAGCGAAUACUGGAUGCUACACAUGGUGCACAAAAGCAACUAGGCGAUGAUAUUCGCGCACAUCCUGAUCGAAUAUUGAGCAGCAUAGAGAAAGUGAACGUUCGCUUGAGAACUGAACGUUAUGCUUUUGCAAAUCCCCAGUCGUUUUGCGACAACUUUGUCGCCAGUCAGUUUCAGGACAAGGGCAAUUGCCGAUUUAAAACCACAGAUUCUUAUUCCAUGACCAUGUAUUUUUCUAUGCCAUUGCAAAAGAACAGCGAGUACACGCCGAUUUUUAAAGACGCUUUUAUGGAACUCUGGGAAACCGGACUUCCUCAAUAUUGGGUGAAAAACAGCAUACCACGAGCGCCGAAAUGCUUCGAAAAAAAAAAACUACGGAGAACCGCCAUCCCCAAACCCAUUCGACUGGAUGACUUGGCAGGUGCAUUCUUGAUUUUGGGCGUCGGCGUCGGUCUAGCAACAUUCUUUUUUCUCAUGGAGAAUAUUAUUAUUCGUGCCCUAUCUCCGCCGACGUCAAAAGCAGCGAGUGAAAAAAAAUAA